UCGUACUGCGCACAUACGUCACUAUAUUACACAAUUGGCAAGGAGCAUAUCUCAUUUCGCUUAUUGGCAGAUCCAAGACAACGGAUUGAAAGUUACUGAGAAAAAUCACGAAAAAGUACGUUUAGCAAUGGUGAGAUUUGUGAACAGAACUGUUUAUCUGCUUCUUGUUGCAAUCCUUGGAUUAAUAGUGAUAAGCUUUGAAAUCAAAGACGUUCACUUAGAAAAUUACAAUUUGAUUGGAACGCAUCUAGCAGUGAGCAAUAGAAGCAAAAAGGCUCCAGAGAAAGUUCAAGAAGAGACGGUGGAGGAGUUCAUGAAAAGGUACUCAGCUAUUCACAGAAAACGAAAUAACUACACCCGAAAGAUGUGUCGUCUUUACCGAGACUAUAUUCCGAGGAUGAAGUCACAACCAAGACUAUUAGUGAAUGAAGAACACAAAAUGGUGUACUGCCAGACACCGAAGACUGGUACCGUCAGUUGGUGUCGUAUUAUGCUGAUCCUCUCUGGAUAUAAGAACUAUGAAGAAGUGAUGAAAAUGACUGCACCCCAAGUGAGUGCGGCAUGGAAGACUAACGUGCCACGUCUUUCUAGUUUUUCAUUAGAAAAACAGAAACAUAUUAUGGCCACGUACACAAAAUUCAUGUUUGUUAGACAUCCUUUAACACGACUGUUGUCAGCUUACAAGGAUAAAAUCGCAAGUAAAAAUGGAAUUUACGCUAGUGGCUUUGAGAUGUAUAGAAAAUUAAUCACCAACAAAUUCAGAUUAGAGCCGAAGGAAAGCAAUGAAAUUGAAUUCGUACAUUUUGUCAACAUGGUAGUAGCAAAUAAGGGCCCUAAUAGCCAUUGGGGCGAAAUGUACAAAAUUUGUUUUCCAUGUGAUAUAGAUUAUGACGUAAUAGGUCGCUUUGAAGAUAUGGAAAACGACACAAAAUACAUUUUAACACUUACAAAUCUUACUGAUUUUAGGUUACCAAACUCUUCUGGAGCUCACCUUACAAAUAGUUCCAGUCAGGCGAAACUAGAUAAAGCAUAUUCUUCUAUUCCACUCCCUCAUUUAGCUGAUUUAUAUCACAGAUAUAAGUAUGAUUUUACACUUUUUGACUAUGAAAUUCCAGUAAGCAUAUGAAGAUAGUGAAGAUAGCAAACCCGAAGUGGAAUUUUUUUAAUUCUUUAUACAUU